AUGGAUAACAAUCAGCCUUGGUUACAGCAUUUACUCGCCGGUAGUCAGUACAGAAUCGAUAACAACUGUCAGACUUCCCCACCAGCAAACACGGCUCUAUGUGGACUGAAUGGUGGGAUUCAAAUGAGACCAUUUCUGCCCCCCAGUCCCAAAUCAGUUAUUCAAAUGAAUAAUUCUUCUUUUGGAAUAUCCACACUUGAGAUGGGAAUCAGUGAUGAGGAGUGGGAAAGACUACAGCAGGCUCUCGACUGGCCUGGUCCAGAUCAACAAAUCACUCAGCUGAAUCUGAGCACAAGUCCAGUCCACUCAACAUUCUCUAUUGUGGAACUGAAACAGAGUUACAAAGUGGGAGAUAACAUCUCCGUCAUUAUCACAGCCAGAGACCACAACAAGAACCUGAAAAGAUAUGGAGGAGAUUUUUUCAAAGCAAAGCUUUUCAAUUCAAAACUAAAGGCAAGUGUGUACGGGGAGGUUGUGGAUCAUCGUAAUGGGACUUACUCAGUUCUUCUUCUUCUUCCCUGGGAAGGUCAGGCACAAGUUUUUGUACGUCUUGAGCACUCCAGUGAGGUUGUGCAGAUUCUUAAAAAAUACAGGGAGUCUUCAUUCCCACGCAGUCACUAUAAUGGCCACUUUGAAGGGCCAGGAGCCAAGAACACCAAGAUCAGUGAAGUAGUAGAAUGUAAUCUUAAGUGGGGUGCCAAAGGAAGUUUGAGGACAAGCAAAUGCUGCUGUGAGUAUAAGGAUAUAAAAACAGGGAAUGAGUGGCAGUGUGAGAGACCGAAGAGACUUCCCUGUGACAAAAUGGUUGGUCACUCCAUGGGACGUUUUGAAAGCCCAUUAAAUCAUUUUGAGAAUCGACUUUUUUCAAAGAAAUUAACAAAUGUUGCCAUUAUUGGAGACAAAACAAUCAUAAAUGUCCUUCCCAACACUGAAGUCAUAGUGUAUCCUGCUGGCCAAAGAGACAAAGCCAUGAAGACUUACAUUGUUCUUGAUGAGCAGAGCAAUAAGUCCCUUGGAAGAACAGAAUUCUUUGAACAUUUUGGAAUUCAAGGUGCAGGGUCGAGGUACACUCUGAAGACUCAGGACUCAGGAGUGGUGGAUACAGCAGGGCGACACGCCAACAACUUCAUUGUGGAAUCAGUAGAAGGUAACAUCCACAUUCCCUUGCCUACUCUGAUUGAGUGUGACAUGCUGCCAGACAACAGGUCUGAAAUACCAUCACCAGAGUUAGCCAGACAUCAUCCACACAUCGAACACUUGGCAGACAAAAUCCCACCCCUGGAUGCCAACGUGUCGAUCCUCCUUGUACUUGGGUGA